CCUUUCUCUUAUUUAAGCUCACUAAACCCUUGCCGUCCUCUCUAAAACCCUAAUUCUCAUAUUAAGGGUUUUCUCUUGUCAAACAUUUUCAUCCUCAUCUCUCACUUCCCCCCCUCUAGAUCUGAAAAUGAUGAGCACAGUUCUCCGCCGAUCUGUCCUUGCCACGUCAAGGCGGACUCAGGCUCUCACCUCCCUCAACGCCGCUCUAUUCCACCACCUCACUCCAUCCUCCGCCGCUACGGCCGACGCAGUCUCCGAUCUAGCCGCAAAUGUCACUCCCCCUCAGACGACGAACCCGUUUGGUGUUAAAGCUAGAAACUUUCAUUUCCAAUCCAGACCCUCCCAGUUCCGAGCAUCGAUUGCUUCUCCUGCGGGUUUCGCGGCUCAAAGUGUCGCACCUUCGUACGAGAGUAGCGACGGAGGAGAUUCAGAGAGUGUUGGUACGAGUGAUGGGUUAGCCAUAUCUGAUCUUGGGAUAUCUCCUGAGAUCGUUAAAGCUUUGAGUGGUAGAGGAAUCGAUAAACUCUUUCCUAUUCAGAAAGCUGUGCUUGAGCCAGCGAUGCAAGGUCGGGACAUGAUUGGUCGUGCUAGGACAGGAACAGGAAAGACUCUUGCUUUUGGGAUUCCCGUUAUCGAUAAAAUCAUCAAAUACAACGCCAAACACGGGCGUGGGAAGAACCCUCUUUGUUUGGUUCUUGCUCCGACAAGAGAGCUUGCUCGUCAGGUUGAGAAGGAGUUCAGGGAAUCUGCUCCAAGUUUGGACACCAUCUGUCUCUACGGAGGUACACCGAUCGGACAGCAGAUGAGGGAGCUUAGCUAUGGUGUCGAUGUAGCGGUUGGGACUCCGGGUCGUAUCAUUGAUCUAAUGAAAAGGGGAACUUUGAAUCUCUCAGAGGUUCAGUUUAUUGUUCUUGACGAAGCUGAUCAGAUGCUUCAGGUUGGAUUUGCCGAGGAUGUUGAAAUUAUAUUGCAGAAGUUACCUGAGAAGCGUCAGAGCAUGAUGUUUUCCGCUACAAUGCCGAGUUGGAUCAGAUCUCUCACCAAGAAGUAUCUGAACAAUCCUUUGACUAUUGAUCUUGUUGGAGAUUCUGAUCAGAAACUUGCAGAUGGGAUCACAAUGUACUCUAUCUCAGCAGAUUCUUAUGGAAAAGCAUCCAUUAUUGGACCUCUUGUAGAGGCGCAUGGAAAAGGAGGAAAAUGCAUUGUUUUUACACAAACGAAACGUGAUGCGGAUCGCCUUUCAUAUGGAUUGGCGAAAACCUUCAAAUGCGAAGCUUUACACGGUGACAUAUCCCAGAGCCAGAGAGAAAGAACGCUUGCUGGUUUCAGGGAUGGGAACUUCAACAUCCUUGUUGCAACUGAUGUUGCUGCCCGUGGACUUGAUGUGCCUAACGUCGAUUUGGUAAUUCAUUAUGAGCUUCCUAACAACACUGAGACGUUUGUUCACCGAACGGGGAGAACGGGUCGUGCUGGAAAGAAAGGGAAUGCGAUUCUUAUCCACGGUCCGGAGCAAUCAAGGGCUGUUAAAAUGAUUGAGAGAGAAGUGGGAAGUAAAUUCACUGAGCUUCCUAGCAUUCCUGUGGAACGUGGAAGCGGAAGCAUGUUUGAAGGAAUAGGUGGUCGAUCUGGUGGAUCCUACGGAGGAGGGAUGAGGGAUCGCAGUUCAAGCUAUGGUGGUCGUUCAGGUGGUUAUGGUGGUGGUGGUGGUGGUAGUGGUAGAUAUGGUGGUGAUCGUGCAGGAGGAUCAGACCGUUCAAACCGUUCUUCUGGUUACGGUGGAUUUGGUGGUUCAGGAGGUUCAGACCGUUCAUCAGGUUUUGGGGGAUUUGGUUCAGACCGUUCUUCACAGUCAAGUGGAAGGAGCAGCUUUGGUGGGUUUGGAUUAAAGGAUCCUAACAGAUCUUACUGAGAAGUAGUCUUGCGUGAGUUAUUGAUCCGACCAGGCAAUAAUGGAGGACGUGGUGACUCGAGUAGAGAGUUUAGUUACAAUGAGUCAAAGCUAUAUAUAAAUCUGUAGCUCCCUGCCUCAUAAACAAACAUAUUUUUUUUUUGAAGUUAUUUCAUCAUAUUCCCUAAUUUUAUUUUCUACAUCGGUAGAAGAAUUUGUUCCUUUGUAUUUGUAUUUGGCCACUUCCAUAAACUUAAACGAUUCUGUCGUCCAACAGAAAGCGAAAAGUAUGAACCC